GGGGCCAUCUACGACUCCGCCGAGCGUGAGCCCCACUCCAGGUGUCUUCCAGGCACUAGAACAGACUUCCUCCAAUCCCUUCGAACAACAGUUCAAUCAGAGUCUCCGAAUGUUAUAUGGAUCAUAGGGGACUCCGGGUCAGGGAAGUCGACGGUAUCACACACGUUUGCAGAUGAGCUCCGCGAGAAGGGCCUCCUUGCCGGCACGUUCUUCUUCUCCAGAAACACUCCUCAGCGCAGCACAUUCGACCUCGUAUUCCUUACGAUUGCUUAUCAGUUGGGGCUUAAACAUGAUAGAGCCCGAGCCAUCAUCACGAAAGCCAUCUCCGAUGACCCCUCCCUUAUUUAUCCCACCAAAUCCCAUCGCGAUCAGCUCGAGAAGCUCGUCAUUCAA